AUGGUGGAUCAGGACGAGAAUGAAUCCGGUAAUCCAGGACAUGGGAAAAAAAGAGGUAGGCCAUCUGAGCAGUCAUUUAGGGACCUUGUUAGUGAGCCAUCAUUCUUCCCUAAGCCGCCAGAGUUCGAUCGAAGCGAGCAAGAGAUAAAGGAAUCAUCGCUCAUAAAUUUCGAGGGCACCCUCAUUUCCAGAGAGAGAAUCAGGCUGCACAGAAGAGGGAAAGCCCUCCUAUUGAGCAAGAUCAAGAGUGAGGCGAGGUUUGGAACUCUACUGCGAGAGGGACGCCUCCCGAGCCGGGCUUUUAGAGAUGAGGCCUUUUGGCGAAUCCAAGUCAAUUUUGGGCCACCAAACCCUACAACUGAUGAAAAGGCCCUAUGGUAUGGAGUAAAGGGAAGCGUGUACGUUGUCACACUCCCUGCCUUCCAAAGGUUCCUAGAGGACGGGCCAGACGUAGCAGAGCGAUGA